AUGGCAUGUUUGGUGGUGUGGCUCACCGACACGCGGUUUGCCCCGCUUUACAAGCUAAGUUCCCGCGACAUGUCAAAGAAGCAAGCCAAGAUCCUGUGUGAGUGGAGUUUUGCGAUUGAUGAGCUGCAGAAAGUCUAUUUCAGCGCAGCCGGAAGAGAACUGGGUCAUCCAAUCAAUUCUGCCUCAGUCAUAUCUGCCUUCAGCACCAGCAUGACUGCCUUGCCUUCGUCGUGGGGACAGACUCAACUGGGACGACAGCGUCGGUUGUCUCAGUUGAAGAUGGUCACGUUUGCGCGCCUAGCUAGAAAGCGUAGACGAGAGUCGUAG